AUGGCCAGUGCUCGCAACUCCAGAGCCGACAGCUUCGCGCGGUUCUUCUCGGUGCCAGAUGAUCGCGGCAUCACCUUUGAGGAGGCGAUCGUGCGUACGAAGGACAAGAAGCGCGGCCCGCUCUUGUCCCAGCCGAUCGUGAAGAACCUCAUGCCUGAGGACUUCGGGCCAGACCAGACGUGGCUGGGCAAUUUUCCGAUGGUCCCCGCUGGAGGUUCGACCAAGCUCGCCCAGUGGAUGGACUUCGUGCACCCCUACGAGGGCCCACGCCCGUACGUAGAGCAGGACCAGCAUGAGCAGAGGAUGGCAAAGUUGAAGGAGCUGGAGGGGAUUGCCAUGUCCAACUACUACGAGAACUACCCUGACAAUCUGAAGCCCGCCAACAAGAGCAUUCUGCCGUUCACGAUGCAAACGUUCAUCACGAAGAAUCCUGACAACACGCGCAGCCUGCUCAAGCUGUUCACGAGGGAGAAGGACAACGAGAUUAAGUACAGCGAUGCAUUUCAGAUGUGCCACGGGUCGAUGUACAAGGUGGACUACGGCAAGCACUUCAGAGAUGGAUCCAGAGCACUGCAAUAUCUAUUUGAACGGUUGCCAGGCUUCCAGGUGAGAUACUAUGCCGUGGUGGACUCGUGCGCUCCGAAGCGGCCCACGGAUGUGCAACUCCCGAAAGGCUUCGAAUACAUCAAGGAGCACGGGCCGAAGAGCAACAUGGACAACGCGGCCCUGGAGUUCGCGGAGAUUGCCUGCGAUGACCCCGAGUCGCCGAUCUACGGCUGGCCGAAGUCCCUCGUGGAACGCUCGUGCCUCAACCGCGGGAAAUCCGCGGCUGCCGCCCGCGAGCAGACGUUCAAGCAUCUCACGCUCUGGGACAUCAGGGGGUGGUUCUUGAUGUGCGUGCUGGCGCCGAUCCUGGGCUCCUGGCGGAGGAAGUCAUUCAUUUUCCUUGGCGAGUCUGGCUUCGGGAAGAGCCCGCUGGCAAAGGUUCUGGCCAUGCUGUUCUCCAUGCGGCACGUCGAGAACGAUAACAUUGACGAGGAGCCUGGAUUUCGCCUCUGCAACUCGUUCGAACACCUCCGGCACGAAGUGGGCGAGCGCGAGGUAACGGAGGUCUUCGACGACGGCGAUCUGGAGCAGCAGGGCCAGGCCAAGCUCAAGGCGUUCCACGACGACGCCGAGAGGGAGGCGGUGCGCCCAUCGUUCAACGCGAACCUCUCCAAAAAGAACUUGAUGGCACUCUUUAAAAGGAGCAAUCUCGUGCAGUUUGAUAAGAGGGGCGUGUUCGCCAGACCUGCUGGUAUCGAGGAGGUGCCAGUUCCGUUCAUUGCGUGCCAGAUUGAGGGCAAGCCAGACAUUCUGACCGAUGAGUGCAAGGAGCACUGCGGAAACUUCCUCGAGAACGGCAACAUUCCCGCUCCUGACGACUACGACGAGAAGAUGGCGUGGUCCAUGGCGUACCUGAAGGUCUGCAUGGCAGGCCAGACGCCUCCGCCGAUCAAGACCGCCAUGACUCGCAGCAUCGUGAACGCGUCGCGCGGGUCCGCUGGUCUCUACCAGAACAAGGCCACCGUCGUGGAGAGCAGGCCGACCACUCACCAGCUUGAGAACAUGCUGGCCAGCAGCGGCUCCGCGGGGGCGCAGCCGACGGAGGCGGCCGCGGAGCAGCUCGAGCAGGAGCAGUUGGAGCAGGUCAUGCGCCAGAGUGCUGAGGCGAUCCCUCUCGGCCCAGGAGAGUGGCAGGGCCGGGGGGCGGGAGGCGUCGCGGUCAAGGAGGAGAAGGAAGAUUCUCCGAGGGUUCGCGGACGCUGGGGCAAGCGCCUUGCCCCUCACACUGGCCCUCCAAUCAACAUUACCGAUUCCAGCCAGAGCCCGAACAAGCUGAUGAAGACUUCCAACGGCGACAGCCGCGACGAGGAUCUCAACCUCGACGAGGUCGUAGGCGCGGCGCUCGAGGACCAAGGGGAGAUCGAUGCAGCGCCGCCUGCGGCAGCCGCCGCUGGCGAUGGCGCGGAUUGA